AUGUCGUUCAUGCGAACAGUUACCGUGGCACUCACGGGUGCCGCAGGGAUCUACGGUGGUUUAGUGCUUUAUCGAGAAUAUUUUGUCAAAGCACAAUAUACAGGCAAUGAACAAUUAUUUGGUAAGACAGCAAUCGUGACCGGUGCUAAUACAGGAAUUGGAAGAGAAGUUGCGCAUGACCUUGCGCGACGAGGUGCACGUGUUAUCAUGGCUUGUCGUGAUAUGAAGAAAUGUGAAGAAGCACGAGAGAAGAUCGUUGCUGAUUCAUUUAAUACGAAUGUUGUUUGUCGAGAAUGUGAUUUAGCGUCGAUUGAAUCGAUUCAAAACUUUGCUGAACAGAUUAACAAAGAUGAAAAGUAUCUUCAUUUGUUAAUUAACAAUGCGGGAGUGAUGUGGCAUCCAUCGAAAUUGACAAAGGAUGGAUUUGAACAACAUUUAGGUGUUAACUAUCUCGGUCAUUUUCUUCUGACGAAUCUCUUGGUUGAAAAACUAAGCAAAUGUUCACCAAGUCGUAUUGUUAAUUUAACAUCAUCGAUGUACAAACGUGGGCAGAUCGAUUUUGAUGAUUUGAAUAAUUCAAAAAAGACUUUCAAUGCCAAAAUCGCCUAUGAACAAGCCGCACUUGCGAUAGUCAUUGCCACUCAAGAAUUCUGUCGGCAAUAUCCAAAUUCGGGUGUCACGGCGACUUGUGUCAAUCCAGGAAUAACUCGAACAGAUAUUGCACGUCAUACCAUUGACAAAUCCUUCUUCAGUCGAGUUAUUAUUGGCCCUCUGUUGAAAGCAUUCAUGAAAACCCCAAUGCAGGGUGCUCAGGCCGUAUUACAAUGUGCUCUUGACCCGAAAUUAGAAGGACAAUGUGGAAAAUAUUUUAGUGAUAUGAAAGAAGAACCCGUCGGAGCCAAUGCGAAGAAUGAUAAAGAUGCAAAGCGUCUAUGGUUGAUUAGCGAACGAUGGACACGUUUAAAGAAAUAG